AAUGGACGUCAAACUGUAUCUGAUAGUCAUUGCCAUAGCCGAUAUAGCUAUAGCAAUCUUUUGUAUUCCGUUUACUUUUACUGAAACAAUGAUGGGUAGAUGGAUAUUUUAUAGCGCUCUCUGCCCGCUUUCACUAAGCAUGCAAGUGUUAAGUGUCAGCGUCAGCAUCUUCACCAAAGUCGCUCUGGGAAUUGAUAGAUAUAUGGUGACUCUAAAGCCGCUAAUUCGUCGACCAUCAGCCAUGCGAUUUAGGAUAACAAUGCUAAUAAUCCUGACGCUAGCUAUUUGUUUAUCUCUACCGAUGGCCAUUGUUAAUAGAGUUGAUAAGUAUCAACUUUGCACAGAAAAUUGGAAAAAAAAAUGGAUGAGGAAAUGCUACUCCAUCCUUCUCCUUAUACUGACAUAUAUUUUACCAUUGAUAAUCUUGGGAUCUACCUGCUCUAGAAUCAGUAUUUAUCUAUGGAGACUUGAAACGCCUGGUAACGCCCAUCAAGUUAGAGACGAAUUGCAAUUGAAGGCCAAAAGAAACACAAUCAGAAUUCUAAUUAUAGUUGUCAUGAUGUUCGCAUUGUCCUGGCUUCCCUUGCAAAUAUUCAACCUUGUGGUGGAGCUCAUCCCAAACAAGAUCGAACAACAUCAAAAUGCUGCUGUUUAUUGCUUUUUAGCUUUUCAUUGGUUGUCAGUGAGUAACUCUUGGAUGAAUUCGGUUGUGUAUAGUUUUAUGAACAAAAGAUUUAGGUGUGACAUGAAAGAUUUGCUGACAAAGUCAUAUUUGAACGCUAGCGAACGAAACUCUUUAUACAAUCUACGGGCAUUUACCUUUCCUCGCAAAUCAUCUUGUGCUAGAACUGGAUACCAUAAUGGACGUAAAGAAAUUGAUAAAUUUGGUCCAAGACUAAAAAACAAUAAUGAACAAAAUACACCUACAACUGGGGCCCAACUUUUACAGAAUGACGACAGAUAG